CAGUAGUUUACUACUAUCUACUAUUAAGUGUACAAUACCACCUUUACCCAACACCGUUGGACGAAUGCGCGCAGUGGCAACAGAACCGACCAUGGCGGCGGCGGUCGAUACGGUUUUCGAAUAUGUCAUGAUCAACUAUCGAUGGGUGUUUGUGUGUUUGUUUUUGUUGCCCUGCACCGUGCUGGGUAAACUAUGGUCAGUGUGGGAAAUGCGAACAGGAGCGGUGUACACCGACGGAGACCGACACCGAGAAAACGUUAAGAAAAUUCAGCGCCGGAUCCGUCUGAGAAACGAAAAGGACCCGAACCGGAUGAUGUGUACGGCGAAACCUAGUUGGAAGAGCGUGUCGUUGGCUGACAUCUUAUACAAAAAACACAUGCACAACGUUGACGUUCACUUGGACGCCAUAAUUGCAAUAGAUACCGAAUCCCAAACAGUUCGAGUGGAACCUGGCAUUACCUUCGGUCGGUUGGUUCCAGCGCUGAUCCAGUCCGGAUGGACACUUCCCAUCGUGGUCGACUUAAAAGAAUUAACCGUCGGCGGCCUCGUCAUGGGAACCGGAUUGGAAUCUUCGUCGCACAAAUACGGACUGUUUUACGAGCUAUGCACGCGCUACGAACUGAUUACUUGCGAUGGAAACGUGAUGACUUGCUCGAAGACGGAGAACGCGCAGGCGUUCGAGUGUUUGCCGUGUUCGUACGGGACGUUGGGUUUCCUGACGGCGGUCGACCUGAAGAUAAUGCCGGCGAAAAAGUACGUGGCACUCGAGUACACCCCGGUGGUCGGGCCGGCUGAACGAAUGGAAUCCGCUCUGAGGCUCGAGGUCAACGGUAACAACGAUUUUGUCGAGCUGAUCGUGUUCAGCCAAAGUCACGGAGUACUGGUGACCGGACGGUUGACCGACGGCGAAGACAACACGGCGACAACAGUCAACGAAAUCGGUCGGUUCUACAAGCCGUGGUUUUUCAAACACGUGCAGACGUUUCUCGAAGCCGGUCGUCACGCCGAAGAACUCGUCCCGCUGGCCGACUAUUACUUCAGGCAUAACAAUUCGCUUUUUUGGGAGAUACAGGAUAUAAUACCGUUCGGCAACAACGCGGUGUUCCGGUAUUUCUUGGGAUGGUUGAUGCCGCCGAAAAUAGCUUUGCUCAAACUCACCCAGACCGCUAUAGUCAAGCGGCUGUACGACAAGUAUCAUUUCGUCGACGACUUCAUACUGCCGCUGUCCGGUUUGGCCGAAUCCCUCGGACAAUUCCAUCGGACUCUGAACAUAUAUCCAAUUUGGGUGUGUCCGGUCGUGUUGCGUUCCGGUCGGGGACUGAUGCAUUCGCCCUCGCCCAACGAAAUGUACGUGGACGUAGGCCUGUACGGUGAGCCCAAAGUGUCCGGCUACAAUUGCAAAGCCACCGGCACGCGAUUGGAACACUUUGUGCUCAAACUCAAAGGGUAA